GGAUUUCACCAGAAAGCCUCGUUCCAGCUCAAAAAGAUGCUUCAAUCCCCUCUCCGUUCCCUCGGGCAUAACCGGAUGGGGUUGAAGAUUAGCAGAGCCAAAGAGCAGAGUGACCACGUGCUGCAUUAUCGGGGCAGCCAGCCUGACCCUGCUGUGCUUGCGGGCAUGGGACACAGUGGACUCCAGGCACUGGGAGCUGCUGGUGCCCUUCAUGGGUUAAGGAUGGUCCAUGUGAUGGGGGAUGCCGGCUGCUGGCUCCUGCUUGGGUUCACCCUGCUCCCCAUCACUGUGCUGGGCUCCCAGGACGAUGGGAAGGUGAUCCACAUCAGCCGGGUGCAGCACCAGGCAGUACGAGUGGGGCUGGGGGAGCCCGUGGCACUGCCCUGCCUCUUCCUACUGCAUCCCUCUGCCUCACUGGGCCCCAACGAGCCCCCGGACCCUCCCCGUGUCAAAUGGAGCAAGGUGCGCUCGGCCAGCGGGCAGCGGGAGGACGUCCCCAUCCUGGUGGCCAAGGACAACGUGGUGAAGGUGGUGAAAGCCUACGAGGGUCGUGUGUCCCUCCCUGGUUACGCCCGUGACCGCUACAACGGGACAUUGCUGCUACGUGCCGCCCGCGCCAGCGAUGCGGGGCUGUACCGCUGCGAGGUGGUGGCUGGCAUCGAUGAUGAGCAGGACCUGCUGCCCCUCGAGGUGAUGGGUGUUGUCUUCCACUACCGCCCUGCUGGCUCUCGCUAUGCUCUGACCUUCCCUGCUGCCCGACGUGCCUGCAUGGACAACUCUGCCAUCAUCGCCUCUCCCCAGCACCUACAGGCUGCCUUUGAGGAUGGCUAUGAUAACUGUGAUGCAGGCUGGUUGGCUGACCAGAGUGUGCGGUAUCCCAUCACACUGUCCCGACCCGGCUGCUAUGGGGACCGCAACAGCCUCCCUGGGGUGCGCAGCUAUGGCCAGAGGGAGCCCGAUGAGCUGUAUGAUGUCUACUGCUAUGCACAGGAGCUGCAAGGGAAGGUGUUCUAUGCCACAGCCCCAGGGCGUUUCACCUUGGCGGGGGCACGGAGGCACUGCCAGAGCCGUGGGGCUGCGUUGGCCACCACGGGGCAGCUGUACCUGGCCUGGCGUGAGGGCCUGGACCAGUGUGACCCGGGCUGGUUGGCGGAUGGCAGCGUGAGGUACCCCAUCCUGACUCCACGCAGGAAGUGUGGUGGUGAAGCUCCGGGUGUCAGGACUCUCUACCGCUUCCCCAACCGUACCGGCUUCCCCCCACCCACCUCCAAGUUCGAUGCAUACUGCUAUAAAGGGGACACGGUGGGUGCUCCCGAUUCCACCGCAGAGCAGAAGGAACCAGAACCGCUGGGCAGUGACAAUGUGCUGGUGGAGCGUGAGGACAUGGCCACCUCCGGGGACAGCCCCCGUGCCGGCGUCCUGCCACAGCUGGGGGCUGUGGGGCCGGGUGGUGCUGAGGAUGAACAGUUGGCGAGCAGUGUGACGGCAGCGUGGCGUGGUGACAUCCCCAUGGGCAGCAGCACGACCUCUUCAUCCUUCCCUUCCUCAUCAGUGUGGCCACUCGAGGAUGAAGCCCUCAAUGCACUGGACCAGCAACAAGGAUUCCCUGACUCACCUGAGCCCCUGUUCACCCUACAUCCACAGACCCAAAGUCCAGCCCAGGAGGUCACCAGCUCACCACCAGCACCACCAGCUUUGGGGAUGGUCCCCACUGUGGCAGCAGAAACCCCCAGCACCCCAAAGCAGAGCAGCUAUGCUGGGCUGAAUGGGCGCUACUUCCAGCUGCAGCAGCAGAGCCGGGACCCCUUGGUGGCCCAGGACCCCACAGUGGCCGAUGACCACACAGUGGCUGGGGACCCGGUGGGGACAGUCACCCAGGCCCCCAUCCUGGCCCUGGAAGUGAAGGGGGCUGCAGCCAACACAGUAGAAACGUGGAGCAUCACCCGUCCCAGUGCUGAGAGCCCCCAUAGAGGAGAUCCCUACCCACUCUCCAAUGAGGUGGAGGAGGAGAUUGGCCACAAGCUGCUGGCACCAUCCAUCACCCCUGUGCCUCCCUCCCAGAGGGAUUUACCGCAGUGGAGCCCCCCUUCAGCCCCACAAGGUCCCGGUGGCCCCACACAGUCGUCCCUGCCAUCAUCUCCACCCAGUCCCGUGGCUCCUGGUGACAUUCCUCACCACCAGGAUGUCAGCACUGGGGAGGCUCAGCCCCGUGGUGACUCCCCUCAGCCACCUGCAGAUGUCACCGAGGACUUCUCCGGGGAUGCUGCCCCCAAGGAAGAAGACAGCCCCAUCCUGCCAUGGCCCCCACUGCCCCCAGCUCCACUAGUGGCUGAGGGCCCUGGAACAGCCGCCCAGCCCAGCAGUGACAGCAAUGGGGCACUGGGUGAUGGCUCGCUGGAGAGGCAGAGGAAGGCAGUGGCCUUCGACCUCCCACCCAUGGGGCUUCCUGGCAGCCCCAGCCCCACUGCAGUGUCUUCUCCCCAUCCACAGAGCAGGUUGAGCCCCACAGAUCCCCAAGGGGCUCUGGAAAUGGGGGCUCAACCUGCCCAUGAGCACCUGGAUGUGGUGAUGGGGCCACAGGAUGAAGCAGCCAUCACCCCAGUGGCUCCGGAUGUCCCCUCGGCUCCCCCCACAGACAGUGAGGUGACCCCACAGUUGGGCUCCGAGUGGCCAUUGGAGGGCAGUGGGCGGGUGGGAGAUGGCCCUACAGCUGCCCCACAGCACCCAAACCCCUCUGCUCCAGUGCUGGAAGAAGAGGAGUAUCCCCCACAACCCCCAGAUCCCCAACAGUCCCCCAGCCCUGGCGAGGAGGACACCUCAGGGGAGGCAAAGAGCGAACCCCCUCCCAACAUGGCCACCCAUCCCUCAGCACCCCCUGACACCCACUGGCCAUCACCCACUGCCCCUCACCCAUGGGUGCCAGAGGGGCCUGAAGCCCCGAGUGCAGAACCACUCUUUGAGCCCACCACACCAGGAGGGGCAGGGGGGGCCCUACUGCUGGAUGCUGACAGUGGGAGCGGCGAGGAGCCCGUGGUGGAGGAGCGGGAGCUGCUGGUGUGGGCAGACACCAGUAACAGCAGCCAGCAUGCUCCAGCUGACCCAUGCCAGACCAACCCCUGUCUGCACGGUGGGACAUGCCAUGCCAAUGGUUCCAUCUCUGGCUGCAGCUGCGCCCCGGGCUUCACUGGGGAGAACUGUGAGAUUGACAUUGAUGACUGCCUGUCAAGCCCCUGCCAGAACGGUGGCACCUGCAUAGAUGAGGUCAACGCCUUCGUCUGCCUCUGUCUGCCCAGCUAUGGCGGCAGCCGCUGCGAGAAAGACACGGAGGGCUGUGACCACAACUGGCACAAGUUCCAGGGCCAUUGCUACCGCUACUUCUCUCGGCGGCGCUCCUGGGAGGACGCAGAGCGCGACUGCCGACGGCGUUCAGGGCAUCUCACCAGCAUCCACUCACAGGAGGAGCACAGCUUCAUUAACAGCUUUGGACAUGAGAACACCUGGAUCGGGCUCAAUGACAGGAUUGUGGAGCAGGACUUCCAAUGGACAGACAACACUGGCCUGCAAUAUGAGAACUGGAGGGAGAACCAACCCGACAACUUCUUUGCGGGCGGUGAGGACUGUGUGGUGUUGGUGUCCCAUGAGAUUGGCAAGUGGAACGACGUGCCCUGCAACUACAACCUGCCCUACAUCUGCAAGAAAGGCACAGUGCUGUGUGGGCCCCCCCCGGAGGUGGAGAACGCGUUCCUUGUGGGGAAGAAGAAAGAGAAGUACAGCAUCCACUCAACUGUGCGCUAUCAGUGCGAGGAGGGCUUCACCCAACGCCACAUCCCCACCAUCAGGUGCCACAGCAACGGCAAAUGGGACCGGCCCAAACUGCUCUGCACAAAACCCAGGAGGUCGCACCGGGCACGGCGGCACCACCGACACCGCCACAGCCACCCUCACCACCAGCAUCACCAUCACAAACCCCGCAAGGAGCGGAGAAAACACCACAAGCACCUCCGGCUGGACUGGAUGGAGGAGGGUCACUACUUCUAGGGCCGGGGGGUUGCAGCCCAGGAACAGCCGUCCGUGGGACGGGACGUGGUGACGUCCCCUGACCCCCUCCAUCCCCCACCUCCUCUUUUAUAACCCCCUUUGCUUUAGCUCCUAGGAUGCCCGGCCCUGUAGGGAAUAGGACCCAGUGGGGGCGGCUGCGUGUGUGUCCCCAGCCCUCCCCCUGCAUGCCCCAACCCGGGGUCGAGCCCCUGACCCCACAUGGGGACCCCGAAAUCCCCGCUGGGUCCUAAAGGGGGGCUGCCCCAUGGCGGCCGAUGGCCUCCCGGGCUCUGCUCCCCUCCAGGCUGUGGGGGGACACGCAGCAGCCCCCACCCAUCACCCAAUGCCCUGUGGGGGGCUCCGUUUUUUUAACAGCCCCCCCUCGCCCCGCCCCAGUCUUUCUGCCCCACCGAUGUCCCCACAUCCAGCACGGGGUCCCUGUCCUGCUUUGUGGGACCCUUUGGGCUGGAUUUUGGGGUUGGAUUUUCCCUUUUUCCAUUCAUUGUCGGUUCCCCGUUGGAGUUGGCGUGUGUGUGUAUGGCGCUUUCUGAUCUCAGCUGUUUGCGAUGUGACUGCAAUGUCCCGUAUCCCCUUUCCCUUCCUCCGUGGCAUUUCUGACUCUGCGUUUCUGUACUGCUGGACAUUUUAAUAAAUUUUUUUAACAGUU